AACUUUAUCACACCCAUAUAAAACACAAAAUAAACUUAAAUAUCGUUGGCCCCAAUUCUCUCAAUUUCAAAUCCUUAAUUCUCUCCAAAUCAAAAUCUAGGGUUCCCUUUACUCUCGCUGCUCGCCACUCUCUCCCCAAGAGGAAAGAGAUCUCUGAAGUUCUGAGCUUACUCUACCCUUAAGAUGAGUGAAGCUAUCGAAGGAAACACCUCUUUUACCUCGGCAGGUAUCCCUAUGAAGCGAAAACGAGGACGCCCACGAAAAGAUAAAAGCCUAUAUCGUGUGGCCAGUGUACGCCCAAGAACUCAUGAGAAGCUACAUCGUGUGGAAAAUGCUGGUGGGCCACCCGGAGCUCCAGCUUUUAAAGUGGAUCAUGUUGAUCAAGUUGAGGAUAAAAGUAGUGGCAUGGUUGGCCAAGCGGUAUCAGGUGUUGUGGAGUCGGUAUUUGAUGCUGGCUAUCUGCUUGCUGUUAAAAUAGGCAAUUCAAAUGUCACUCUGAGGGGUGUUGUUUUCAAGCCUGGGCACUAUGCUCCUAUAACAGCAGCAAAUGAUGUGGCUCCGCGUGUUCAGACGAUCAGAAGAAACGAAAUUCCUUUAACACCACCAAAUCAGAGUAUCAUUCGUCAUGCUGAUAAUUUAGGAAAUGGAUCACCACAACAUCAUCUGGAAAUUAACUUGUUCUCCACAAAGGAUGGGUACGCAUCAAGUGCUGCAGCUCUGUCAGUCCCUCCGGUGCAAGCGGGAGCCACAGUGGUUCCUGUUCUCCAAAAUCCUGCUACUGCACAGGAUGCUCAUGUUGCAGCAUCAAAUGGCAAUUAUGUGCAAACUGCUGCACCACCAUCUACUUGUGAGACGAAUAAAUCAGCACCAGACUUUUCACAAUCCGAAACAAUGUCCCAUGUAAUACCUAGAGAUGUGAAUAGUAAAGAUGGUCCAUUUGAUCAUGGCUCACUUGAGCUCCAACAGGGCAAUGAAGGUAAAUCAAUGAACUCUGUGAACAUGUCUUUGCCAGCUGAGCCAGGGUUUCAAGGGGGUUUACAAUCUUCAGAAGCACGAGAUUUCUGCAACGUUCCAGAACAAGAAACUAAUGACAUGAAUGAGCCUCUCUUUGUUGAACCCCUGCGUACUGUACAUACUUCAUUUCAUAACCAGUCUCCAUUUGUUCCCAAUCUUGUGGGUCAUAAUGGUGUUGGCAGAAUGACUGAACUUUUGCAGGCUGUCCAAGAAAAUAUGAAGGAUAAUCCGCAUCACACAGAACACCUUCCAGCCUUUUCCAAAACUGAAUAUAAUGAACAGAUCCCAAGAACUGGUCUACGUGAUGAAAGAGUUGUGGAGUCAGAAAAACAUUUCCAAGCCCCAGGUGUCUAAUUAAAGUGUAUGACGUCCCUGUCUUGUCGCAUAGGUUGUGUUCAUUUCUUCACCUGAUACAUAAGAAAGGUCUUGGGAUUCCAAUAACUAGAGUACAUGUUAUGGAAGAAGAAGGAUACUUCUUGUGGAAUAGAGGCUGUGCACUUGCAAAGACAGUUUAGAUUUCGAUUUCUUAUCCAACACAUGCUUUCGUGCUGGAUAGUUUAGAAAACCUGCUAAAAAAUUUAUGUCUUAACAUUUUAGUCAAGUUAGUUUAUCGUGCAAACAUGUUAAUGACUGUUUUUUAAUGACUGUUUAAAAGGUACCAAUGUUAUCUUUGUUUCUAUUA